CUCGCUAAAAAUCGUUCAUUUUCGACGGGUAGGUUUUUGCAGACGGACGGAGAAAAGAUUUGUGUGUCGAAAAUUGCAAUUUUCACAUUUAAGGCCGUGUGUGCUCCACCAGAGACAUUGGAAAAGAGUUUGGUACACUUGUGCAAAGACGCAGUAGUAUAUAGCUAGCUCGGCCAAAAGGCGAUUGGCCGCAAAAUCGCCCUGAAACUGGAAAGUAAUUGUGCGAGAGAACCGAGAAAAAAACCGAAAAGAAAAGCGAACAGCAGAGAAGAGAAGUAGCAGAGAGGCUGAAACCAUCGAGAAAUCGUUGUCGUCGCGCUCGCUACAAUUGUUUGCUUUUGCCAGAAAUUUGUGAACAAUUGCUACGCCGCGCGCCGUUGGCAAACCUAAUAAUAAUAGUUUGCAUUUCGGAGUGAGUGAGGUACAGUGAAGCUUGACCAAGAUGAGCGGGGGAUUGCCGGAGUUGGGCUCGAAAAUCAGCCUUAUUUCCAAGGCGGACAUCAGGUAUGAGGGCCGCCUGUACACCGUGGAUCCGCAGGAGUGCACCAUCGCGCUGUCGAGUGUACGCUCCUUUGGUACGGAAGAUCGGGAGACCCAGUUCCAGAUAGCGCCGCAGUCGCAAAUCUACGACUACAUCCUCUUCCGCGGCUCGGACAUCAAGGACAUUCGCGUCGUUAACAACCAUACGUUGCCACACCACAAUGACCCGGCGAUUAUGCAGGCGCAGCUCCAGAAUGGCCCGCCCCAGGUUAUGCCGCAACACUUUCCAAUGCCCAGCGGGAUGAACGCUCCUCCCCAGCAGCAGCAGCAACAACAGCAAGUGCCCCAGCAACAGCCGCCGCACGGCGCUCCGUCUAUGCCGGGCGUCGGUGGUGGUAAUGGAGGCUCCGGAGCUCCUGGUGGCCCUGGAUAUGGCAAUGGUAAUCCGUUUGGAAAUCUGGGUGGCCCCAAUUUGGCUAACAUGGUUGGCAACUCGAGUGGCGGUUCGCUCGCACCGGGCUCGGGCGCACCGGGUAGUGGACCCUUCAUGCACAUCGGCGGCAACCAGCAGCAGCAGAAGCCCCAACAGAAGCAGCCAAUUUCCGUUCUAGACAUGCUGGCCGGAGCCUCACGCUCCACGACGCCCAUCAGCCUGAUUGUCAGUCCAACGGCCGAGCUGACCCAGCAGCAGCAGCUGCAUCAGCAACAAAACGCUGCUCAGGGUGGUGGAAACGGGCGCGAUGCAGGUCAUAAGCGCCAGAACCACCAGCAGCAUCAUCAGCAGGCGCAGCAGCAGCGCGGCGGGUCCAAUAGCAACAACAUGCAGCAGCAGCAGCGAGGCGGAGGCAGUGGCAACGACUUCUACAACCAGCACCAUCAGCAGCGAGAUCGUCGCGAUUCCGGCCGUCAAAUGGAUAAUAACUACAGCAACAACUAUAACAACAAUCAACGCAAUCGUGGAGGCGGUAAUGGAAUGCAACAGCAGCAGCAGCAACAGCGAGGAGGAAACGGCGGUGGAGGAGGAAAUGGUGGCAACGGAGCCUGGAACAUGCACCGCGGCGGCAAUGGCCAAAAUACGAACAACAUGAUGAUGCGCAAUCGUGGAAUGGGAUCCCGGGGUCCAAUGCGUCCCAAUCAGAACUAUCGUCCGCAGUCGGCCAAUCAAAACAAGCCGCGCAACAAGAUUAAGUUUGAGGGCGACUUUGAUUUCGAGCAGGCCAAUAAUAAGUUCGAGGAAUUACGCUCCCAGCUGGCAAAGCUCAAGGUGGCCGAUGAUGCCACAACUAACAAGACAGCCACUACGACCUCGACGGCAACAACCACAACUACUGCAACCAAUGAGCAGGUGGGUGAAGAAAAGCUUGAGGGCGUCCCUACAUUGAAUGGCGAAACCGACAAGAAGGAUGACUCUGGUAAUGAGACUGGCGCUGGUGAGCAUGAGCCCGAGGAGGAUGAUGUCCAAUUGUGCUAUGACAAGACCAAAUCGUUCUUUGACAACAUCUCGUGCGAGGCUGCCCAGGAUCGCAGCAAGAACAAGAAGAACGAUUGGCGCCAGGAGCGCAAAUUGAACACGGAGACCUUUGGAGUGUCCUCCACCCGACGUGGCAGCUAUCGCGGACGCAACCAUUACUACAACAAUGGCAACAUGGGAGCGGGCAAUGGCGGCAUGAACUCCGGCUAUGGCGGAGCGCAAGGCUACAAUCGCAACAACUACAACCGCAUGGGCGGCGGCAACUACCGCAACAGGAGCAACAAUCGCAACAACAAUGGCGGUGGCGGCAACGGUCGUGGAGGCAACGGCCAGCCAAGCAUUACCAAUGGCAAUGCCGCCAACACGGCUGCAGCAUUGAAGGCGGCCAAUAAUGCUGCCAGUUCUGGAUCCAACACCAUGGACUCUGCUUCUAAUACAACAAACGCGACGUCAAAGUCGACGUCCCUCUUGCCAGAGCAAACGCAACAGGUGGCGGCAGUCUAAUCCCUUGUUUACCAUUGCAGCUCAAUAGUGCCGCCCAGCCAGUGGAGAACCACUUUAAAUACCAACCAACAAUUGAUGGAAACGAAUCGAGGAGGAGAAGCAGAAAGUAAAUAAUAUCCUUUUCAUCAUCGCAAAGCUAGUUAUUCGAAGCAACCCCAAUCAACCGACCGAUCGACGACACACAGGCUCUUAUAUUAUCAGGAAUUUCGAGUUAUGGAUCUAACGGCAUAUAAAAAUAUAAUUGUAUAAUUAACUUAGUGUUAGCAAUUCUCACGACGUCCUGCGCGCGCGCUCACCACAGUUCGCCGUGUGUUUUGGCGGCGAUUAACGCUCGCUUUCGUGCGAUUAGCGAUUUGUGAACCGGCCAUCUGUUAGGUUUUUGUGUAAAUGGCUGGUUCCAACAGCCUUUCGCUAAGCAGAACAACAGCACGGUUACGAUAACGAUAACGAAAGGAGAUAACAGAACGCCUGCAACAUGCAUUACAUUAUAUAUUUAGUAAUAGAUGUGAAAAACAUAUAGUAGCGUAAGAUGAAAGUUACAAAACAACAAAAAUAAGCAGAACACGAAGAAAUCGCGGAGGAGAGUCGAUAAAAAUAAUGAAAUUAAUGGAGCAAAAAACAGCAAAAAUUAAAUCCAUGGAAUUCCCAAACAAAUCUUUAAUAAAAGCCGCAGUUCACAUUUUUUUUAUUUGAAUGAAACCAGAAAUAGACAGAAAAUCAUUCAUGUAAUUCUGUUUUUCAAGUGGGCGUCGUGAAACAUCGACCAGAAUCAUCCGAUACGUUUUACACUAGCAUUUAACAACAAAAAAUAUAUAUAUUAUCUAAGAAAUUUUAAAUAUGAAAUUAUAAAUAAAAUCAGCAGCAGCAACGUGCGCUUGUUGGAAUAUUGCACAA